AUGUCGUACACGGUGGAGUACAGUUACAGCCACAUGAAAUACCUCAGCAAACCGUGCAUGAUUGCAGAUGAGAUGGGUUUGGGAAAGACGAUCCAGGCCAUUUCGGUGGCGUAUAUCUUCAAACAAGAAUGGCCUCUGCUGAUUGUGGUGCCUUCAUCUCUGAAAUACCCUUGGAUUGAAGAGCUGGAGAAGUGGAUUCCUGAACUCGACCCCAGAGACAUCAACUUGGUCGAAAGCAAGACCGAUACAAUGAGCAUCGGCACUAGCAAAGUGACUAUACUGGGAUACGGGCUGCUCACGACGGACGCACGCCCCCUGCUGGAGGCCCUGAACAAGCAACGAUUCGGCGUCAUCCUGGUGGAUGAAUCCCACUACCUGAAAUCUCGCAACGCAGCUCGUAGUAAAAUAUUGGUGCCAAUCAUUCAGAACGCCAAGCGUGCCAUCCUUCUAACUGGCACCCCGGCGCUGGGCAGACCAGAGGAGCUCUUCAUGCAAAUCGAUGCUUUGUAUCCACGGAGGUUUGGAACCUGGAGCGACUACGCCAAAAAAUACUGCAACGCACACUACAAGUUUUUCGGGGCCAGACGGCAGUGGGACUGUCGCGGCGCGUCUCAUUUGGACGAGUUACACCAGCGUCUGAACGAGAUUAUGAUUCGCAGACUCAAGAAUCAGGUGCUGACUCAACUACCACCCAAAAUACGCCAACGAAUCCCCUUCGACCUUCCCAAAGAUGCUGCCAAG